AUGCGAGCAUCUCUGUUCGUGCUCACGCUCGGGCACCUCGCUCAACGCGCCAUUGCCCGCAGCCUACCCUUGCAAGCUGGCAGAACGCCCGAACAGCCCUUCGCACUCCAUCCGCAUCCCGUGGGUGUUGCAGAUGCCAACUCGAACCUUACCCAGUACGUCAACAUCUUUGUCGGCACCGAAGCCAACAGCGAUCCCGGUGACGUCUUUGCAGGUGCUUCGGUUCCGUAUGGUAUGGCUAAAGCCACGAUCAACGUUGAAGGAUACGCUCCUGCCGGCUAUGUCUGGCCGUCAGACCAGCCCACGCGCGGUGUGAGCCCACUGCACGAUUCCGGUACCGGUUCUAGCGACGGCAGCUACGGCAACUUUUGCAUCAUGCCCGUCCUGUGCACUGACAACUCGAUCGAUGCCUGCCCCACACUUCUCGACCCACGCAAACGCAUGCGCCGCAACAACACUGAUUUCGGCCGUCCCGGUUACUUCACCACGACCCUCGACAACGGCAUCAAGAUCGAGCUUACCAGCACGCGCAGAAGCACGCUCGAAAAGUACACCUUCCCCUCGUCAGAAUUAAAGCGCAUGAACUCGACCCCACACCUCGUGCUCGAUUGGACCAACGACUCACCCGGCACCUUCCGCGGCGGCGAGAUGAGGGCCGACUGGGACAACGGUCGGCUCACCAUGAACGGUACUUGGUUGAGCUCGUUCGGGCCUGGUGACUUCCACUAUCAUGCUUAUCAGUGUGUCGAUCUAAAGUACAAUGGAAAGCAACAGCUUUCGAGCCACGCCUUCUUCGGUGGCAACCGUCGCGGUUACGAUACAAAGCGAAUCGAUCUCGAUCACUGGGUUCGAGUGGCACAGCAAAUUGGCCAGUACCAAGCCGGAGCCGUGGUCGGAUUCCAAGCCAAUUCCAAAGCCGACGACGACGUCACCAUCACUGUUCGUCGAGGGGUUUCUUUCGCCUCGGCAGAGAACGCGUGCCGCAACAUGGAGUCCGAGAUCGCCAACUGGGACUUUGAUGCCACCGUCGCAGCUAGCCAGUCGUUGUGGGAGGAAAAGUUGCAACGCAUCCAGUUGAGCCCUUCCACGCCCGACUAUGUGCGUCGUCUGUUCUACACGAGCUUCUACCGUACCUUCCUCUCGCCCAACAAUGCCACCGACGAUGGGCCCUUCCCAACAACUCGGCCCUACUUUGACGGCAUGUACUGUACCUGGGAUACGUUCCGCACCUUGUUCCCUUUUCUUUCUCUGACAAGCCCGAGUGAGUUUGCUCAGAUCGUCGAGACCUAUAUCGAUGGGUGGAGACAGGACGGCUGGCUGCCAGAGUGCCGUGCCAACCAAGUCAAGGGCUACGUACAAGGCGCCAACAACGGUGUGCCAGUGUUGGCCGACUUUGCAGUCAAGUACGCCAAAGCUGCAGCGUCGCUCGGUGUCAACACGGACGAACUGUACCAAGCGAUGCAGCACGACCUUGACGUGCCCUCGCCGCAGUGGGAGUACGAAGGUCGACAGGCCGCGCCCUACCAAUUGUACGGUUACGUUCCAUUUGGCUACCUCGACCCAGCCUCGGUUGGAGAGCAGACGCGAGAGGCUAGUCGCUCGCUCGAGUAUGCUUUUGGCGACUUUACCGCUGCCAUGACUGCACUGGCGUUGGGCAAGCCCGACGAGGACGUCCAGCGAUAUGCAAAGGCUUCAUUGAACUACAGCCUCAACUUUGACCACCACUCGACCAGCGAUGGCUUUUCCACAUUUGUGCAGCGCCGAUUCGCCAAUGGAACGUUCAAACCCACUGAUCCUACCUUCUGCUCGCCGCUCGACAACAACUCGAGUCACGCAUGCAGCUUGCAGGCCGAGAACGACUUUGGCGUGUACGAGUCGUCUUCGUGGGAGUACAGCUACUACGCCCCGCACGACAGGAGCGGGCUGGUCGAGUUGCUGGGUGGCAAGGCUACGUUUGAGAAGCGACUGGACCACUUUUUCAGCAAAGGCUAUUAUGCACCUGGCAACGAGCCGAGCUUUGACACGCCAACUAUGUAUCACUUUAUCGGCAAGCCGUACCGUAGUGUACAAAGGGUGAGAGAGGUUGUCAACACCUUCUUUUCGCUCAAGCCUGGUGGACUUCCGGGUAAUGACGACAAUGCAGCCAUGGCUUCGUUGUUAGGAUGGUUCUUGCUCGGAUUCUACCCAACGCCGGGCACCAAGGAGCUGCUGGUGCUCUCGCCGUUCAUGCCAGGUUACACAAUCAUCAAUCCAGUGUUGGGCGUAGCCAAGGUGACAGUCACUGGAUACGACGAGCGCUCGAUUGGUGGAAAGAUCCCGCAGGGAGUCAAGGCCUACGUUGAGCGCGUGCUGAUUGACGGUAAGCCACAUAGCUCGCGCUGUCGUAUGAGCUUCGACGAUCUCUUUCCCGGUCAGGCUGGGGAAGAGAGAAAGGUGGAGAUUGUGCUGACCGAGCACGAGGUGGAUGGAUGCGGUGACGGCCCUGCCGACGAUCCUGCGUCGCUGUCGACCGGUGGCUUUCUUGACUUGAAGGAGGAAAAAUCCCAAGUGUGA